AAGGCAUCGGCCCCACGCACAACGCGAGGAAGCUCGAACCACAGAGAGAGAGCGGCUCUGUUUCCGAUCUUCUUUGCUCGGUAUCAAUCACACAUUGCAUACGACGAGGAUCAUCCACAUUUGCUCUCUGUAAAGAGAAGAGGUCAGCAUUGCUUCCAUGCGAAUCUGUUGCUUUAUUUCCUUUCAACCUUCAUUCUUGCUCUUGCAGCUUCUCUUUACUUUGAGCUCAUCUGCUUGUUCUGUUGAAAAGAUGUGGCGGAGGAAGUGAGAGUACAAGUUGAUAAACUUCUGAAUCUUGGAUUCUUAUUGACACCUCAGAGAGUAAGAUCGGAAAAAUCACUGGCACACUUUAAUGGCAGGUUGUAGAUAUUAUGUGCUUUGGUCAUUGCCCCAGUUGUGUGGAAAUUACUUGCUGGAACACUGCAUUUCCUAGCCUUUGAGAUAUUGGAAGCAUUCGUUCUUGGGGAGACGGUGUGGGCUUAUGAUUUAUGGCCUUCGGAUUGAAGUUUGAUUUUGCUGCCCAGCCCUAUGGUUUUGAUUUUUAGACAAUUAUAUUUCGUGGCGGCUGUUUUGUUUCAACUUACUUGUAUAUUUUUUAGAUAAUCUCAUGCUCCUAAAAGGAUAGCCUGUGGCGUUACUCUUAGGAUAAUUCAUGUUUAAAACUGCAUUGUCAUGAACUAGAUGUUAGUCCCUCCAAAGAAGUCGCCAACCUAAUCAGUUAUUCAGUUUUAGGCAUGCACGAAUCUGAACCACUGAUUGAUUAAAUGGGCAUUGGAUAUUUACUUUUUGCAGACAAUGUCGUGAGUUCCACGGGGCCUUUUCCCACAACAUUAGAUGAGGAAGAAUUACCCGUGAAUAGGUUGAUUUCAUUCCCAGUUGGCUCAUAAGUAAGGAACAUAUUUCUGUUGUUACAGACAUGCCGCAUUGCACCAGUGUCAAGCCACCAAUUGGCGUCACCUUCGACCAAAUUAGCCUCAGUCAUCGUUGCGACUAAGCACAUUUUUGUUUUGAUCAAACUAAUCUGUCUUCUUUUCAGGUUUCUUAUUGCGUCAGUCUUUAGCUUAAGUCCUUUUUUGCCACAAUUGAAGCAUAACCUUUUCUCCCUCCCACCUAUGAAAUUUCUUUUGGCUAGACUGACUUUGCUUCUUGAAAUAUUGUUUCUGGACACCAUUCUUCUUGUCGGAUUUAGCUUCAAUGAUAUUAGCUUUAAGCAGUGAAUUUUCCUCCUCCCGGUUAUGAGUCUCCUCUUCAACCUUUAGGUGAUGAAGUAUCUUAUUAAGAGAAGGAUCUUCCACACUAUGCAUCACUUAGUGUGAUCAUUUUUCCAAGAUGGAGGCAACUUGGAAAUUUACACUGAACACUAAAACUCUCGCCCAUUUUCAUUGCAGAAGAAGAUAUUGAAUCAGUCGUCUUCUGUAAUUCUUGAACCUGAUUAAGAUUAGGCUGCUAAUUAGUCGUUUUGAAGUUUAUGUAUCGCUAACAUAGAACUUCUUGAUUCUUCACUGUACAGAAACAUAAACUGCCUCAAGCAAGUCCCAUGGGUCCUUUGCAUCCUAAGUCUUCUUCGAAUAUUGAUCAUAAAGAGGACCAAAUAGAAAAUUUAGAAUAUUAUGGCGACAUAAAUAAUCACCAUUCCAUUUUUGGACUGCUGUUGUUGCACCAGGACUUAAAAGGAAUUCUCAGGCGAGGUUCAGUCAAAACGUAAAAUAGUUUCAGCCAUUUCAAAAUUCCAUCUUUUGCCUCCCAGCAAGUAAAGUUUUGUCCAUUAAGCGAAUGGAUUCUGGUGCUACAAAACCAAGAGUAGCAAGAGCACUUAUAGGAGUAGACAAAUCUCUUGCUAAGAGGUAUGUCUACUCCUAGAGUUGUUGACAAAACAAUUGUUACAACUAGAGUUGUUAAAAAAUACAAGAACUGAACCAAAUGUCAAAUCUCUUGCUAAGAGGCGCAAUGAUGUUUCCUGAAGAAAGUUGGAACCUCCCACUGUGCAGACUGCAGAGGAUCCAACAAUCUAUUUUCAGUUUCAACUUAGCUUGGGUUUGAUCCCAUUCCCUCACCAUUUUGCAUAACCGAUAGGAACAAGGUAUUGCUCAACCUCAAAUCUAGAUGCCCAAUAUAUGAUGAUGUAUAUAGAUAUUUUCAUUAUGAAUGUUCAAAUAUUUUAAGGCAAAUCCUUUGAACUUCUUAACCUAUGAAUGUCUUUUGGAGUUCUUAGUUAAUAUAUGACUUCUCCGGUUAAUGUAUAUCUUAAUAUGUCUUUUGGGUGACCAAGCCUAUUGGGUUUCCAACUCAUUAAUUUAAACUAAUGUACUUAAUUUAAAUCAUUUAGCCACAUAAUCUUUAUGUGAUUCAUGAAGAAUCUUUGCAUUCUAUUAUAGUUUUGUUAGCCAUCCACUUCUUUUACGCUAUCUGUGAGUUGGCCCAACUCCGUUAAUAUUUGUUGGUGUGAAUUAUGAGUUCUGUAUUUCUCCUUUUUCAUCAAAUCAACAUGGUCUUCGUUUCUUCAAAUGAACCACAUUUUGAGAUCAGGUAAACCCAUAAAUAACAUUUUAUUAAAUAGUUACUUUUUGGGGCUGUAAUUUUUUUGCUAACCCUCCAGGGGAGGGGAGGCAGUAAUAUAUGUAAUCUUCUGGUGCAAUUCGAAACACUGGGUUGGUCUGGGAGCCAGCCUGCAAACUUAGCAUGGUUUGUUUGGAUAAACUUGUGGAAUUAGCAUUACUUAAGAUUUUUUCCUUCUGAACACUGUUUCCAACAGGGCCUGUUCUAUAUUGGUUGUGGCAAGUAUGAAGGGAUCAAAUAUAAAAAAUACAGUUUACAAUGGAAGGCAGUCAUUACUUCCUCCUAAAAGUCCUUUCCCAAGUAUUUCUCCAUCAUAUGUUGAUUGUGUAACUAGUCCUGCUGUUGGACUGAAAGGUGUUGGAAAGCCCAAAGAUGCAAAUUCACACCACCAACGGACAUACUCUGAGAGCCUUCUAAUGGAGGAGCAGCCUUCCUGGCUGGAUGAACUCCUUAAUGAGCCAGAAAUGCCUGUGUGCAGAGGAGGUCACCGGCGGUCAUCAAGUGACUCCUUUGCAUCUGUAGAUGUAGCUAGUGCUUCUGCUAUAAAUUAUAUACCUCAGAGUGAUUAUAGAAGUAAAAAUAUGAUUUCAGUGCCUCCAUGGGGAUUGCAAGACUUCAAGCCUUACAAAGAUUUGCAUCAUACUUUGUUAUACACAGAGCCAAGCUCUGUGGUAAAACCAAAGAAAUGGGCGAGGGAUCCAUCUCUGAAUCCCAUCGCACAUUCUAGUUGCCUGUCUUAUGGCAGAGAUAAUGUCAUUAUUCAAAGUCCCGAAUCAUCAUGUGCUCCAGAAGAAGUGGAUGACAUUCCUUCUACAGCCGACGAAAAACAGGACCCUGUUGAAUCUGGUCCUCAAGCAAAACCUGUUUCUGAAAGCAAAGCGUCUUCUCAAACAAAAUCUUCGGCGUCAGAAACUGAUACAAAACUUGCCAAGCAGCAGUAUGCACAACGUUCACGUGUCCGGAAACUUCAAUACAUAGCUGAGCUGGAAAAGAAUGUGCAAGCCUUGGAGGCUGAAGGAUCUGAAGUUUCUGCCGAGCUUGAAUUUCUCAACCAGCAGAAUUUUAUUCUGAGGAUGGAGAACAAAGCCCUGAAGCAACGGUUAGAAAAUUUAGCCCAGGAGCGGCUAAUUAAGUACAUGGAGCAUCAAGUAUUGGAGAGAGAAGUUGGAAGGCUGCGAGCCUUGUGCCAGCAGCAGCAGCAACCACAGCAACUAUCUUCCAGCCAAGGGCGUGUCGCCAUUAGAGACCUUGACAAGCAGCAGCACAGGCAUAGCAACAGCAGAGAGUAUAGAGACCUUGGCUCAUAUUUGCCAACCUUUCUUUGAAGCUCAAGGAUGUCGCUUCCAGCUCUGGCCAUAUUUCAGGCCACUGCACAGUUGAACACAUGAUGUAGCUAGUGAGCACUGAGCAGUGCCUUCCCUUGACGUCUUCGACCCCAUUAAAUCUUCUGAUAGCAGUGACAGAAACUGAUGUUUGUAAGUUCUCGUGCAGCCAUGCAGCAGAGCUCUGUGCUUUUCCUUUUCAUUUUUUGCAAGUUUAUUUGCUUCUUUAUCGUGUCAAUUCUAGUGUACAAAAGUGCACUUGGUGGUCGCGCCAAAAGGAGUCAUGACUCGUGCAGCAUCUGGCAAGUGACACACCGGAGGUGGUGACUUGAACAAUGAUGAUGUUUGAUCAUGUACCGUUUAUUUUUCAAUUUUCAUUACUAAUCAACUAAAAAGAAGAGACAUCUCCCCUGCUGUAUGUACCUACUAUUCGAAUCCAUAAACUCCCCCUAAUUUGUCUCUUUAGGCAGUUUAAUUAAUAGCCCGCCUGG